GAAUCAAUUGCGCGCAAUCCGUCGGCGGCGGCGGUUGCAAAGAGAAAAACCUCUCCUCUGAAAAGAAGCAGUGAAAAACAGUGUUCAACUCCUGGCCGAUCGAGGAACUUAACGCCUUUGGCACGACGACGAUCUUUGAGCGAUGAUGAUAGUGGUGCGUUGAACAGUGCUCGAGUGUUUAUCUGUCGAUCUCAAAUUUACAAUUCGAAGACUAAUAAAUUAUAAGACUAAGCUUAUGUAUCUAUCAAUAUAAAUUCAGUAACAGCUACGCUAGCAGCAAUCGAGCUAGAAAGCCAGCAGACGCCAACAGACAUAAGAGCGCGCGCUUAAUAGGUAUAAAAAUACAUACAAAACGGAGGCGAAUCUGAAUUUGAAUAUUUCGAGGAGAGCACCGACGUGGAAACCGAAGCAGCAGUAGUCAAAGGAACUAAGGGCAUGGAGAACCUGUCGCACUUGUAUCCCCCAUCGCUGCCAAAGGGGCGUGGCCGGCCAAGGGCCACCUACGCGCAGACGGGCGAGUUCGAUCUGGGUUUGAUCCGGGAAUACCGAUCCCGUCCAGUCCUGUACGAUCGCACCAACAAGCGUUUUAAGGACAAGCUGUAUGUGGCCCAACAAUGGGAACAGAUCUCCCACAAGCUGGGUUACGAUGCCACCAGCCUGAGAGAUCGCAUGAUUACGCUGAGAAACCGUUACAACAUUGAAAAGCGGCGCGUCGAGAAUGGACUCUCCACACAGGCGUCGCAGUGGCCGCUGUUCGAGAGCCUCCAGUUUCUGGGCGAUCACAUACGGCCCAGGCGCAGCUUUAAAAAUAUGUGCAAGCUGGAGGAUGACGAGGAGCCGUACGAGGUGGACGAGAGCGAUAGCAAUGGGCAUAUGAUGAGCGUCAAGGACGAGAUGGAGGAGGAUAGCGAGAUCUUUGAUUGCGAACAGACGCUGCCCGUUACCACAGUGCUGGGGAUUCCCCUAAACAAUUCCGAUGAGAUUAAAAACCAACGCCAGAUGAACGGAAGCGAUGUGGCCAAUGGCAAGAACUACAAUCACUUUGCAGAGAGCUACCAGCGACGGCAAAACAUUCAGCCGGAGUACAUCACCAGUAGUCCCAUUGUCCACAAGAGCAGCAGCGGCAAACGGAGAGCACAGCAUGAGGAGCAUCCGGCGAAGCGCAGUAGGACAGCAGUAGAGGAGUCACAACAUUUAUCCACAUUUCCUUCCUUCUAUCCCGAGCCCUUGCCACCGGCCUAUGCCAAGUUCCAUGGCUUUGGCGAGUUUAUGGUCCACUCCUUGUGCGACAUGCCGCCGACCAUAGCCCUGCGUCUGGUGCAGAAGUUCACCCGCGAACUGGUCCAGACCUCGCUGCGCAACGAGGACAGCGGCAGCAGCAGCAGCAAACGGAAGCCGGAUCAAUCGGAUCCAGUCGAUCCGGUCGAUCAGAGCAGCGAGUCGCAGGAGGAGGAGGACGAGUAGAUUUUAAGUUGCAAUUUUUAAUUACGGGUAGGGACGCGUGUCUACAUCUAUAUAAAUAUAGCCGCACUAAUGACAGAUUCGAUUACUACAUUAACAUAUUGUAUAAAGAACUCUUUUCUUUUAAGUCUUCUGGAUGAAAAGACCCAGAGCAUUUCAUUUAUCAACAAUAAUGGCAAACCAAAAUAUACACUCA